GAAAACAGAAUAGGGCCUGAAACCGAGCCUUGCGAUACACCGCAUACGAUAUCGGUGAAAGCAGAAUGAUGUUUGUUAAUUACUACUUGUUGCCUUCGUGCCUUAAGGCCCCUUCACACUACUACAAAAAUUCGGCGAGCGAAACGGAUUCGUUUGCCGGAAAAAAGAGAGAGUGUUCUCAUCCGUUGACGCGCGCAUCGGCGGAUCCGCCGCCGCUUCUCGCUUUUCCGCGACGACAGCGAGAUCUCGCGGCAGUUUCUGUUUCGGUUUCGCGACUUCGCGAACGAGACGAGAGUUGACGCGAGUGCCUCUCGUUCGCGGGCUUUUGUUGUGUCUGCUUGUAUUGCGCCGUUGCUGGGCUUACAGCUGCGAGAUACUGAGCACAGCACAAUGGCGAGCUUUUCAGAAGACGAGGAAAUGUCGGAAGAAGAAGAAAUUGUCACGAUUCUCCUCUGCAACUCAAUGACGGCUAUGCUUCAAGAGCUGCGACGGGCUGAGCAACCAAGAUCGCGGCGGCGGCGACGACGGUGGUGGGUCCGCCCGUCCUUGCAGGAGCGGGAUAGGUUGGGACAGGCGAACAAUCUCUUGCCACUGCUUCGCGAUCGAGACGUCGAGUACUACAGAGACUUCCUGCGCAUGUCACCCAGCAGCUUUGACACACUGAUGGAGCUCCUUGGCCCCCGCAUCGCAAAAAAAGACACGCGGUUUCGCAAGGCUAUACCUCCAGAACACCGCCUGGCGCAAGUUAUUAGAUUACUGGCUGUUGGCGAUACCCUGCGGUCAUCUGCCUUUAAUUUCUUGGCUGGCAGGUCCACAACGUGCAACCUUGUUUCAGAGGUGUGCCUGGCCAUUUGGGAAGUGCUUGGCCCUAUAUAUGUUAUAACGCCAUCAUCUCCAGAUGAAUGGUUGAGGGUCUCCGAAGAGUUUGAGCGCAUCUGGAACAUGCCACACUGCCUAGGCGCAAUAGAUGGAAAGCAUGUCAAUAUUGAGUGCCCGAACAAUUCAGGCAGUGUGGACAGAAACUAUAAGAAUGCUUUCAGCAAGUCGAUGCUUGCAAUCAGUGAUGCACACUACAGGUUCUUGUUUGCAGAAGUAGGCCACAAUGGCAGCGAAUCAGAUGGGGGUAAUUUUGGCCGGAGCCCAUUCUUCAAGAGAGUUGACCAACGCCUGCAAGGGAUUCCUGAAGACUCUCUUUUGGCAGACAUUGGCAGCACGCCCUACUUCUUUGUAGGAGACGAAGCAUUUCCUCUGAAAACCUACCUCAUGAGGCCGUAUGCAAGGAAGACUAAGUAAUACCAUUACCUUCAUCAUUUCUUGGCCGUUACAGUACUAGCCAUUAGCUAGAUCUUGAGGAGUGAUUUUACACACAUUUAGGGGUCUCGUAAUAUGAUAUAUGUGUCAUCAGCCAGUGCUGCAAAUUUAUGCAAAUGAGGGAUUGUAUACAAGCAUGGAAAGAUCCUUUUCCUCCAUUGACCUAAACCACUCUAAAUGUUGCCAUCGCAGUUAUUUCUGACAGGUAGUGAUUAUAUGUAGCACAUUUGUUGCGGUGAACAUGUAUUGUGCUAGAUCUUGGGGAUAAUUUACACCUGCAAAU